GUAACGGAGAUUUUAAUGGCAAGUCGCAACAGUGAGAAAAGGGCAUAAGGAUCGGAAAGUAUAAUCACUUUCACCGUAAAAUUAGUUGUGGAAUUAUGUCGGAACUGAAACAGACGACGAGAGUUGCAUCCUAAUAAUAUUUGAACGAUUGAAGGAACAUGUAUCAAAGCUAUGGUGGUUCUUCGUUGUCAUCAUCAUCAUCGUAUCCAACUAUGUCAUGAGCGAUUAAAUCGUUUCUUACUAGUUCGACCAAAUUAACUCGAAUGCGAAGAUAUCACAGUACUUGUCUAACUUCAACAGACCUACUCAAAAGAUAAUUCUCUCUACAACCUCUCUUCUCUUUUAUCUUAUCGAUUGGGAGUAGGGGGAGAAGAACGACUUCUCAGAUAUCUUUUCUAGAAUGGAAUCGCUAGUGGGAAAUGAGUUUGAUGUUCCAUCGAAGAACUCAUCGGAGGAAGCUCUAAAGCGAUGGAGACAAGCUGUGACGAUCCUGAAGAAUCCGAGGAGGAGGUUCCGGUAUUGUGCCGAUCUAGAGAAGAGACGACAAGCCGAACAGAAGAAGCUGAGUAUACAGGAGAAAAUACGAGUUGCUCUAUAUGUUCAAAAAGCAGCAUUGCAAUUUAUUGAUGCUGGUAGUCGAGUUGAAUACAUGCUCUCAGAAGAGGUUAGACAAGCUGGAUUUGGCAUUGACCCAAAUGAACUUGCAUCCAUUGUUCGUGGCCAUGAUUCCAGRCGCUUAAAGCAACAUGGAGAAGUGGGAGGAAUUGCAAGAAAAGUUUCAGUAUCACUGGAAAAUGGUGUCAUUUCAAAGGAACUGCCUGUGAGGCAAAAUAUAUAYGGAUCCAACAAAUAUGUUGAGAAACCACCUAGAAGUUUAUGGGUGUUUAUUUGGGAGGCACUGCAAGACCUAACUUUAAUAAUUCUCAUGGUUUGUGCUGUGGUUUCUGUAGGUGUUGGAAUUGCUACUGAAGGAUUGCCAAAGGGUAUUUAUGAUGGGUUGGGGAUCAUACUUUGUAUUUUCUUGGUAGUCAUGGUUACUGCAAUUAGUGACUACAAGCAGUCCUUGCAAUUUAGGGAUUUGGAYAAGGAAAAGAAAAACAUUUCUGUUCAUGUGACAAGAGAUGGAUAUAGACAAAAGGUUUCAAUUCAUGAUCUAGUGGUUGGAGAUAUUGUUCAUUUAUCUAUUGGAGAUGUAGUUCCAGCUGAUGGUAUGUAUAUWUCAGGUUAUAGCCUGUUAAUUGAUGAGUCAAGCUUGUCAGGUGAGAGYGAACCAGUGAAUGUAAAUCAUUCAAAGCCAUUCCUUCUAUCAGGAACUUCAGUGAGAAAUGGGUCCGGCAAGAUGCUAGUAACAGCAGUUGGUAUGAGGACUGAAUGGGGGAGGUUGAUGGAGACUUUGAGUGAGAGUGGGGAAAAUGAGACACCACUUCAGGUGAAGUUGAAUGGUGUUGCUACCCUUAUUGGGAAGAUUGGCUUGGCUUUUGCUGUUAUGACAUUUCUGGUGUUGGUUGUAAGGUUUYUGGUAGAGAAGGGACUKCACAGUGAGUUAUUGAAGUGGUCUUUGAGUGAUGUAGUGGAGAUUCUGAACUAUUUUGCUAUUGCAGUGACUAUAAUUGUUGUUGCAGUUCCAGAAGGGCUGCCAUUGGCAGUGACUCUGAGCCUUGCAUUUGCAAUGAAGAAAUUAAUGAGUGAUCAUGCGCUAGUGAGGCAUCUCUCUGCAUGUGAAACUAUGGGUUCUGUUACUUCUAUUUGCACAGAUAAAACAGGGACAUUGACAACUAACCAUAUGAUCGUUGAUAAAAUUUGGAUAUGUGAAUCGGUAAAAGGCAAUAACAUCAUGAAURCUUUAAAGUCUACAGUYUCUGAGGAAGUUUUAAGAACUCUUUUGCAAUGUAUAUUUCAAAACACUAGUGCUGAGGUGGUGGAGGGGAAGGAUGGGAAGACUAAAAUAUUGGGUAGUCCAACAGAAUCAGCACUUAUAGAAUUUGGCUCAUUUUUGGGGGGUGAUUAUGGUGCCCAACGGCGGGAAUCUAAGAUAGUGAAGAUUGAACCUUUCAAUUCGGAYARGAAGAAGAUGUCUGUGCUUGUAGCCCUUCAAAGAGGUCGUUUCCGAGCAUUUUGCAAAGGUGCAUCAGAACUUGUUGUACAAAUGUGUGAUAAGAUUAUUGAUAGCAAAGGUGAAUYUGUUCAUCUGUCAAAAUCCAAGAUAGAGAGUGGCAUGGAGGUGAUUAACAGUUUUGCUUGUGAAGCUUUGAGAACUCUGUGCUUGGCUUUUAAGGAUUUGAAUGAGAACAAUGGAAACAACAUCCCAGAUCAUGGCUAUACAUUGAUAGCAGUUAUUGGAAUUAAGGAUCCACUACGCCCUGGUGUCAAGGAUGCGGUGCAGACUUGUUUAUCUGCUGGGGUUACUGUGCGAAUGGUUACUGGUGACAACAUUAAUACAGCUAAAGCAAUAGCAAAAGAAUGUGGCAUAUUGACAGAGGGAGGCUUGGCUAUAGAAGGACAAGAGUUCCGCCAAUGGACUCCCCAGCAAAUCAAGGAGUCAAUAUCACUUGUUCAGGUAAUGGCACGAUCCUUGCCCAUGGACAAACAUGCCUUUGUGACCCAACUAAGGAAUCUUGAUGAAGUUGUUGCAGUGACAGGUGAUGGUACAAAUGAUGCCCCUGCUUUGCAUGAAGCAGACAUUGGACUCGCUAUGGGUAUAGAAGGAACUGAGGUUGCGAAAGAAAAUGCCGAUGUCAUCAUCAUGGAUGAUAAUUUUACAACUAUAGUGAAUUUAGCAAAAUGGGGGCGUGCUGUUUAUAUAAACAUUCAAAAAUUUGUACAGUUUCAGUUGACAGUAAAUAUCGUUGCUCUUAUGACCAAUUUUAUUUCUGCCUGCRUCUCAGGAGCUGCCCCUCUUACGGCUGUGCAGUUGUUGUGGGUGAACAUGAUUAUGGACACACUUGGGGCCUUGGCACUGGCUACAGAUCCUCCCAAUGAUGAGAUGAUGAAACGGCCUCCUGUUGGGAAGGGUGUUAAUAUCAUCACUGGGCCCAUGUGGAAGAAUAUUAUUGGUCAGAGCAUUUAUCAACUGGCUAUCCUUUCUAUUCUUACAUUUUGUGGGAAAGGUGUCUUGAGAUUUCUCAGACUUGGUGGUUGGAAUUCUAGUUCUGUUCUCAAUACCUUGAUCUUCAAUACCUUUGUCUUAUGCCAGGUAUUCAAUGAAAUAAACUGUCGUGAUAUAGAGAAGACUAACGUUUUCCGUGGUAUGCUUAACAACUGGAUAUUCAUCGCCAUCAUGGUCUCAACAGUAACCUUUCAAAUAAUAAUUGUGGAGUUUCUAGGCACUUUUGCAAGCACUGUACCUCUAAGUUGGCAAUUAUGGUUAUUCAGCGUAUUAAUUGGAGCUAUAAGCCUGCCGGUUGGAGUUGUCUUGAAGUUGAUUCCUUGCAAAUCAUCCAUUAACGGGAACACUACCAAGCACCAUGACGGGUAUGAGGAACUACCUAGUGGUCCAGAGAUGGCUUAAUUGAAAAAGGAUCGAACGUCAUAUUCAUAUCUGUAGCUAGUCGGCAUUGAAUUAGUUAUUCCAUUGUUGUUUUCUUGCUUCUAUUCUGCUUUUCCAUUUUUGCGGUAAACGGCGUUGAACUAGCAGUUAGUUGUUCUCAAGAGAUUCCUUUAAGAGUAGUUUCCAGUGGGUUUGAGUUU